AUGUCGGCCAGGCCGGCAAAGAAGCCAGCUGCCAAGGCUCCGGCAAAGAAACCGGCAGCAGAUGCUGGAGUGGAGCUGCCCGAAGGCGAGCAGCUGCCCAAAAGGGAGCUCACAUGUGAGCUGCCCUCGGUGCAGCCGCCAGAGGGCUGGCAAGCGCCGGUCUUCACUCGGCCGCUGAACGUGGCGGUGCCCUGCACGGGCAUCGAUGGCUGCGGCCACGCUUUGCAAGUCCUCGGCAUCACGGAUGCACGCUUCUCCAUGGUGCAUGAUGUCGAGGGCAGGUACGAGCGCUAUCUGCAGGACCACCUCCCUGCAGAUACGCUUGUCCAUGCGGGCAAGGCAGGAGACAUCACUGCCCUUGCCCGCUCCAUGGACAAGGUCCAGCGGCCCGUGGACGUGCUGGUGAGCGGGCCACCCUGCCCGCCGUGGAGUCUGCAAGGCAAGCGACAGUCCACGCUGGACGCAAGGAGCUGGGUCCUCAUUGCCGUGAUCAAGCUCGCGGUGAUGUUGAUCAUGGUGGGCGAGCUCUCCGCCAUGGUGAUCGAGAAUGUCGUGGGCAUCUCGCAGAAGCUGCCUGGGCAGCAUGAGCCUUUCAUGCAGGCGCGGAAGGAUGUGCUCCUGCGUGCGGAGGUUGCCCAGUUCAGUUGGGGCUUUCACUGCCUCAGCGCGGUGGACUAUGGCUUGCCACAGCAGAGGACGAGAGUCUUUCUCGUCGGCAUCCGCUCAGGCUACGGCGGCGUGCCACAGCCGCUGGGGCCUUUCGGCCGGAGAACUCUUCGGGAGUUCUUGGCACCCGGGCUGCCCCCCGUGGACGUCUCCAAGCUGACGGCCAGCUUGAAGAAGAAUCUGGCCGAUGCUUGGCGGGCGCUGCGGAAGCUGGCCGCUGAGGGCAGCACCGCUUCUGUGGUGUGUUGGCCGCUUGACCGGUCGGAGGGCAUGACGUACCCUCGGAAGUUUUUCUUUGAUGUGGCGCCGACCCUGACGACGGCCAACACCCGCCUCUUCGUCGCCUCCAUGGACGACCUGCACAUGGGGCCGCAGCAGCGUGCCUUCUGGCGCUUCUUGCGGUGCGAGGAGCGGAUGGCUCUGCAAGGCUUCCCGCCGAACACCCUGCAGGGUGAGAGCGACGCUCUGAGGACGAAGGCGUCCGGAAACGCCUACCCGGUUCCUCUCAUGAUGGCCGUUUUGGGGCCGCUCCUGAGAGCCAUGUCGGAGAAGCAGGAGUUGUUGCACGACGGCCCGUGCAGGCCCUGGCAGGAGGCAAGCUGGCACAUUAUAGAGAACUCUUGGUCACUUUUUUGGACGAGGGUUUAG